UCUGUGGUUUUACCUGGCUAUCAAAUGUAUUCAUAACAUGUUUUUACUUCCUGGAUUGUACAGUGCGUUAGGUAGCUUGCUGGAUUUACAUCGAUGACACAGCAACAUAGUUAGACUAGCGAAGUUGUUAGCCAGGAAUUACAGUUGCUGGUGUAGCUGAGUAGCUAGCUGGCUAGCCAGUUGUAACCCACCUGCACUGUUUACAGUACGGUAGCUAGCUAGCUUUACUGAUAAAUUCAGCGAGCAAGGUAUUUUCUUAUUCAUUCGUCAAAACAUCAGUAGGUUAGCUAGCCACUGUGGCUAUUGGUAGUUAACAGGUCUGCGAAGAUAGUGAAGGUUACCAAAUAUAUACUUUUAAAUAAAAGCAAAAACAAAGCACAAGUAGAAAGGUAGCUAGCCAACUAUAGCUGUCGAUCUCUACGACCAUGGACCAACACAACACAACGAAUACUGUCAAACUGUACAUUUAUGACAUGUCCAGAGGAAUGGCUCGUCAACUCAGUCCCAUCAUGUUAGGGAAACAACUGGAUGGAAUAUGGCACACCUCCAUUGUCAUCUUUGGAGAUGAGUUUUUCUAUGGGGGAGAAGGAAUAACUAGCUGCCCGCCGGGCGGGACGGUGCUGGGUGUCCCCAACAACAUUGUGGAGCUAGGAAACACAGAGGUGACAGAGGACAUUUUCAUGGAGUACCUUUCCUCACUUGGGGAGUCCACAUACAGAGCGGACAAUUAUAGACUGUUUGAGCACAACUGCAACACCUUCAGUAACGAGGUGGCCCAGUUUCUGACGGGAGGGAAAAUCCCCUCCUACAUCACAGACCUGCCUGCCGAGGUGCUCUCCACGCCCUUUGGUCAAGCACUGCGCCCUCUCCUGGACUCCAUGAGUAUCGCUCCGGGAGGCAACGUCAUCAACGGGCACUACGGGCAGAGAUAGAUGCACCAGCCUGCCAGUGCAGACGCACGGAGUCACGUAUUCAGCAUGGACGUGGUCUGCAGCUCUCUCCCCUCUGUGAGCCCUGGCAGGUCUCUGAUCCCAGCAUGCCCUUCAGCUGCCGUCCUCCUGGGGCUCAGCCCGGCACCAAACCUCCCUUUCCCUGCUCCUCAAGAGUCCUACAAGCCAUCAGCCUCAGCAGUGGUCUCUUGAUCUAGUAAUCUAGUGAAUGUAAACUUUCCUCAACCAAGAGACCAAAAUCUGCAGAAUGGAGCUCCAGUAAAUAGGGGCAGAGCUGCAGAUCUCAAUUCUUUUGAGCGAAGGGGGGGUAGGGGCUGUAAUCUUUCCUUAUUUAUAUCCAUUCUGUUAUGUUGUCUUCUUUCUCUAUGUUCCAUGUGUUCCUUAAAGGCUUUGGAAAAACCUGUAAGCUAGUGCAGUUGCCUGGGAUAGAAUUAAGGGCUGUAAAUGAUCCUGAUGUUCUUAGUUGACAGUUAAAACCGCUCUCUCGUAGUGUUGUGAUGUGCUUUGAUGGAAUGUAGUCUGUGCCAGUCUGGGAGUCGCGCGGUCUGACGCAUAAUCGGCCGUAGCAUCGUCCAGGGAGGGAGGGCUUAAUUCGGUAGAGUAUUCCCCACCUCAUUGCUCAAUAGUGACUCUUCUGGGCGCUGGGUGUGUGCGAUCUGCCUGCGACCUGGGGAAGGGACUGGGAGGCUGACUUCAGACAUUCCUCGCCUCAGCAGCUGAUUAUCUUGGGUCUUUUUAUGAACAAACGUGUUAAGGAACAGAUUCUAUGUUCAUAACUUAGAGAUGUGUAGAGCUUAGAAGGAUCUGUACAUAACUGCACUACUUUUCUAAUGAACAGUACUCUGGUAUACCCAUUUAUUUAAACAUUUAUAUGACUUUAAAGAACAGUACCACUUAUUUGAAGAACAAUACUUACUGGCAUGCCACUUUAAAAUAACAAGUUUAAAGAACAGUUCUUAUAUACAACAGGAAAUGGUAUUCAUUACAAAUCAUAUUGUGGAUGGUUCGAUAGACUGCAUGAAUCUGCAUAUCUAGUGCACAGGGUGUUUUAAAGCCUGUUUCCGUUCUGUUCUAUUUAGUACACUGAAAAGAUCUGUACACUCAGCGGAUUCAGUGCAAGAGUUCUUAGAGCAGCGGAUUGACUGGACCAACAUAGAAAUACCUUUGUCAACUAUCCAUCCAUCCAUCCAUCCAUUAUCUUAACCCACUUAUCCUGAACAGGGUCGCAGGGGGGCUGGAGCCUAUCCCAGCAUACAUUGGGCAAAAGGCAACUACUUUCUCUAAAUUUUGAUCUUUAAUCAAAUGCACCAUCUACACUCUUACCUUUAAUUCAGAAAUCAAGUUGCCAAGUCUCUUUAUUCUUUGUUCAUAGAGUGUGAAAUUAAUUAUUACUUGUGAAGUACUUGUAUUAUACAUUAUUAUUUAUUUGAGAUUUAACAUUAAUAACAUAACAAAGGUUUAGGUCAUUGAUUCUAUUUGCUACUCCUGUGACUGUUAACUUGUGUUUUGUUAUUUGACACAAUAUAAAUUUUGUCUCUUUUUACUGAACUAUGCUUGUGCUUGGUGAAAAGGAAAAAAAAAAAAAAAAACAUACUGCCAUUUGUGGA